UUCUAGUUGGUUAAGUUGAGUGUUUUAAGAGAGUAUUUUUACACAUGAAUGAAGAAGCAAAUAAUGGGUGUAGGGACAAGUUAAAGAAAGAUGUGAGAGUGAUGCUACAAGAGGAGGUGGAUGAGGAUCAACUCGAGCUCAUUGAUCCCUUGGCAAAACUUGGAUUAUCUUACCAUUUUGAAGAUGAAAUAAAGAAAUCUUUGGACAGAAUAUACAGCAAGAAUCAUGGAAAUUAUGGGCGCAAGAAAGAUAGUCUAUAUACUACAGCUCUUGAAUUCAGAAUCCUAAGACACCAUGGGUAUAAUGUACCUCAAGAGAUUUUCAAUGGUUUUAGAGAUAAGAGUGGAAACUUUAAAGCUUGCCUCGGGAGGAUUACAAGGGAAUGCUAUAUCUAUAUGAAGCCUCAUUCCAUUCAGUGGAAGGUGGUGGAAGAGAACAGGUCUUGGGGAGAAGUUAGGAUACAUCAGAGACAGAAAGUGCUAAAAAAUGGUAACCUCCCUUCCACUGCACAAGAACCUAACAUGGACCAGAAAAAUUUGGAGAAGCAACAGCAAGAUCUAGUUUUGAAUCAUGAUUUUGAGAACCACAAGCUCAUAAAUCUCUAAAUCUUGAUAAGAAAAGGAAGGAAAAGCUAAGUCUCACCUUGUUUCUAAUGGGAAGAAGCUGUUGGGCGUAGGAAUGGGCAAGGAGAAAAAGGAAAAUCAACCUUAACCCCCCUUUUGAUCACCAAAUUUCACUUUUAUCCCCCCUUAGGGCUUGGUCAGAUGGAUUGGAGGCCAUUGGACUGGGCUUAUUUGACUUUGUAUUAUUGUAUAACCCAUGGACUUAGUGAUACUACAGUAGUAUAAUUAUUUUUUUGGAGGAGGGAGGUUUCCACCCCAUGGGAUGACGGAUGAGAGACAUACCAUAAGUUUUUCUCUGGACUUCUUUCCUGGUAAAUGGGUUCACCAUCACCAAUGGAUUUCCUCCUAUCCAAAUGGAUUUCCUCUAAUCCACCCGAGUGAUAAAUCAUAAAUGGGGCC